AUCACCACCACCCAAACUUCUCUGUUUUUGCAGCUGAAGCGACAACAUGGAUUCCCUCCCCGUGCAGUCGCAGAGCGAUAUGCCUGCUGAUGGAGCGCACAGCUUGACCGAACAGCAGGACACUUGGUCCGUCUACACCAAGACGCGCUCGACCAUCAACGAGCAGCCGCUGAGCAAGGAUGAGCUCGACAAGAUGACCAAGUGGUUCCAUGCCACCAUGUACUUGUGUCUCGGCAUGCUCUAUCUCAAGGAGAACCCUCUGCUCAGAGAGCCGCUCAAGAAGGAGCACUUCAAGUCGAGACUGCUGGGCCACUGGGGAAGUGAUGCGGGACAGUCCUUCACUUACAUCCAUAUGAACCGACUGAUCAAGAAGUAUGACCUCGAUUCCUUUGUCAUCUCCGGCCCUGGCCACGGCGCACCCGGACUCAUCUCCAACUUCUACUUGGAAGGCGUCUACAGCGAGGUUUACCCGCACAAGAGUGAAGACGUUGAAGGUCUCCAGAAGUUCUUCAAGGCAUUCUCGUUCCCAGGAGGUAUUGGCAGCCACAUGACACCAGAGACUCCUGGCUCCAUUCACGAGGGUGGCGAGCUUGGCUACUCACUCUCGCACGCUUUCGGUGCCGUAUUCGAUCACCCACAAACCAUUGCCCUGACGAUCGUUGGCGAUGGCGAGUCCGAGACUGGUCCCCUUGCCACAAGCUGGCACAGCAACAAGUUCCUCAACCCCAUCACUGAUGGGGCCGUGCUUCCAGUGCUUCACCUCAACGGCUACAAGAUCAAUAAUCCAACAGUACUCGCGCGUAUUGAUCAAGAGGAGCUUCGAAGCUUGAUGGUGGGUUACGGAUGGACACCGUAUUUUGUCGAAGGCAAUGAUCUCGAGACCAUGCACCAGGCAAUGGCCGGUACGAUGGAGCGUUGCGUCAACGAAAUUCGGGCAUACCAGAAGCAAGCCCGCGACUCGGGCAAGGUUUUUAGGCCAAGAUGGCCGAUGAUCGUGCUACGCUCACCAAAGGGCUGGACCGCACCACGCAAGGUUGGAGGUCACUAUCUGGAAGGCUUCUGGCGUGCUCAUCAGGUUCCUCUGCCAAAGGUGCAUACCGACCCCGAACAAUUGAAGGUGCUGGAGACUUGGAUGCGAAGUUACAAGCCAGAAGAGCUAUUCACAGAAGAGGGCAAACUGGUUCCGGAAUUGAGAGAGCUUGCGCCAGCCAAAGGCAAGCGCAUGAGCGAGAAUCCAAUCACCAAUGGAGGCGUUCUCAAGAAACCACUGCGACUUGAAAAUUGGAGAAACUACGCAAUCGAAGUCAAGAAGGGGGGAAUCACGAACACCUCGGGCAUGGCCAAGUUUGGCGAGUUCCUGCGCGAUGUCGUGCGGGACAAUAUGACCAACUUUCGCUUGUUUGGCCCUGACGAGACCGAAAGCAACAAGCUGUCGGCAGUGUACGAGGUUGGCAAGAAGAUCUGGGUCAAUGGUAUGCUCCCUGAGGACGAGGAUGGUGGCAAUCUGGACCCGAACGGCCGCGUGAUGGAGAUUCUCUCCGAGCACACGUGUGAGGGCUGGCUUGAAGGAUACACACUCAGUGGUCGUCAUGGCCUGUUCAACUCGUACGAGCCAUUCAUCCAUAUUGUCGAUUCGAUGGUCGGCCAGCACGCCAAGUGGCUUGAGAAGUGCGCCGAAGUCGAGUGGAGACAGGCUGUCGCAUCCCUCAACAUCCUCCUCACAAGUACCGUCUGGAGACAAGACCACAACGGCUUCACCCACCAGGAUCCCGGUUUCCUCGAUGUUGUGAUCAACAAGUCUCCGGAAGUCGUCCGUAUUUACCUGCCUCCUGACGGAAAUUGUCUCCUCUCAACGAUGGAUCACUGCUUGCGUAGCGAGAACUAUGUGAACGUCGUCGUAGCCGACAAGCAGAAUCAUCUCCAAUAUCUCGAUGUCGAGCAAGCCGCUUCGCAUUGCGCUCGGGGCAUUGGAAUCUGGGAUUGGGCUUCUAACGACUACGGUGCCGAGCCUGACGUCGUCAUCGCGUCUUGCGGUGAUGUUGUGACCCAAGAGGCCCUGGCUGCGACCGCCUUGCUGCGCGAAUAUCUACCGGAGCUCAAGAUCCGUUUCGUCAACGUUGUGGACCUGUUCAAGCUCCUGCCAAACGGAUACCACCCACACGGAAUGACAGCUGUUGAGUACGAAUCGCUCUUCACCAGCAACAAGCCUGUGAUCUUCAACUUCCACUCCUACCCAUGGCUGGUACACCGUUUGACCUACAGCCGCAAAGGCCAAGACUUGAUGCACGUGCGCGGCUACAAAGAGAAGGGCAAUAUCAACACCCCUCUCGAGCUUGCCAUCCGCAACGAAGCAGAUCGAUACUCCUUGGCUAUUCUGGCGAUCGACCAUUUAUCGGAAGUGCUAGGUAACAAGGGCUCGGGUCCGCGUGAGAAGUUGGUCGAACGAAAACUGUCUGCGGAGAAAUAUGCGUACGAGAAUGGCCUCGAUCCAGAAGACUACAACACGUGGCAGUGGCCCUACUGAAAUGCAGGGCAUAGAGCAGGCAAAAGGUGCAGCUCGCCCAUGGAGAGACAGGUGGUGAUGAGACGGAAGAUUGAAUGAGUGUAACGAAAUGAGUACCUGGUUAGACGGGUCACGUACAUGUUGCGGGUGUCGCUUGAUCGCUCCAGACUCCAGAGAAGAGAGAGGGGUGGAUCGGCGGCUACAUUGCACUAGCUCAAAUAGGCAGGUAUCCACUUUCAGAAGAUGCCGUCUUGAGAAAAGUCCAAACUGCAUUUCUCACAGG